AUGGAAUAAGCAAAUUAAGGAGACAUAAAAAGAAUUGACAAAGCCUCGAUACUGUAGAUUUGCAGCAGCUAGGUCGUGAUAGAUUUAAAGAGUGCAGUAAAAGAACUGGUAGAGAAUUCUCUUGAUGCUGAAUCAACAUCAAUAGAUAUUAAAUUUUACAACUAUGGGUUAAAUGGCUUUGAAGUUAUUGAUGAUGGACAUGGGAUAAAAGAAGUAGAUUUUGAUGUAAUUGCAAAAAGAGGCACAACCUCUAAGAUUAAUGAAUUCGAAGAUAUAUAUGCUGUGAAGAGUUUGGGGUUUAGAGGUGAAGCUCUAAGUUCUCUUUGCAACAUAGCUAAUGUUACCAUUUAGACAAAAAGACCAGACUAAAAUACUGGAUGGCUAUUAAAAUUCAAUCAUCUGGGUGAUGUAAUAUAAAAAGAGCAAGUUGCAAAAUAAGAUGGAACAUCUGUUAUUGUGAAGGACUUAUUUAAGGAUUUACCAGUGAGAAUGCUAGAAUUUAAAAAGAAUUACAAAACUCAAUAUGCUAAGACCUUAUUGUAGCUGUAGGGACCUUUCACCUCAAUUUUAAGAACCAAUCCUCUUUAAGAUAAUUCAGAUAAAGCUCUAGCUAAUAACAUUAUUACAGUUUUAGGAAAACCAAAAUUUCAAUAGUUAAUAGAGUUCAAAGCUGACUUGCCCAAGGUGAAAGUUACAAGUUUUAUAACUAAAACUGUUUUAAGUGGGAGUAUGAAUAACAAUAAAAUCAACAAGGAUUUCACUUUCUUCUACUUGAAUAAGAGACCAAUAGAUAUGCCAAGAAAGUUCAAGCAACUCUUUUCAGAGAUUUAUAAAAUUUACAAUCCUUCAACAAACCCUAUAAUUGUUAUGAAUAUUGAUGUUGAGGAUAAUAACUAUGACAUAAAUGUUUCACCAGAUAAAAGAGACGUAUUUCUUAAGAAUGAAGAAGAUGUUAUCUAGGCUCUGAGAAUAGAAUUACAGUAAUUUUUUGAAAAUAUUCAAAGAACCAAAGCCUAUGAUAGUUUCUAGGCCCCUUAAAGUCAAAGAUAAUCAUAAUUAAUUCUUGGGUCAAAGUCAUCUAAUGACUCUAAGACUAAGAGUGAUUAAUAAUCUGAUGGGAAUAGGGAAACCCUGUCAGAAACAAACUGGAUACAAUCUAAAAGGAGAGUCUAUGAUGAUAUCUCAAAUGAUAAUUAUAACCAUUAAGAUGCAUAGAGUGAAUAAUUAACUCCUAACAAACAUAAACUUGAGGGAAAGACUAUCACAAAGUCUAAAUAAAGUUUCUAAGAAUGGGAUGGGCAUUCUGAUAUCAAAGUCUUAAAUACUAUAGAUAGAUAGUAAGAAAGUUUUAAUAGAUAAAGAGAGUGUACACCUUUGAUAGAUACUAAGUAAUAUCUUGAAAGACUAAAGACUGUUACUUCUUAAAAGUUCUAAAGCGAUACUUCUAAGAAAUUUUAAAUGACUACGUACGAGCCUAAGACGGUUCUUAUUUCAAAGAAUAAUUAAACUGAUAAUGAAAAUAUCUUAAACUCUAAUCAAAUUUAAACUUCCACCAAAACUUUAGCGUCUGGAUUAAAACUAACAGAGUAUAUACCUUAGCUUUAAAAGUAAACAUUAUCGAGAGGAUAUACAAUUACUGAAUUUUCUUUGCCUGAGUUUCCUAUUCAAAAGCAAGAAAUUGAUAUAACUGAAGACAGUUAAAGAUCAAAAGCAGAAAAUCUAAUGUAAAAAAUGUAAGACUUCUCAGACAGAAUUAUGAAUGGGCAGUAAUACUCAUAAAACGAUAAAUAGCAACUAUCUCAAGAUGAUUAAUUUUUCAAUAAAUGUAUGGACGACUAUUCCAAAAAAUUGGCAAUGGAAAAGGAGAAAAUUCUGAAUGCUGAAGCCCAAAUGGAUAUGAAUACAGAUCUUCGGAAUUUUGAAAGUGCUGUUAAAAAUUAACUGAGAAGAGAAAAACUAAUACUCUAAUAUUAAAAUGAAAAUAAUGACGAUUAAUUCUAGGAGGAAUCUUUUCAAGAAAUUAUAAGAAAGCAAUUAAACCAAUUAAAAUCAAGUCAAGAAAUAACUUAGCAGGAUUCAGAGUAAAUUAAUGUUAUUACAAAUAGUGCUAAUCUGUAAAUGGAUGAAAAGACCUUGCAAAGAAUGUUUAAAAAAGAAGAUUUUAAAACUCUGAGAGUAAUCGGUUAAUUCAACAAAGGAUUUAUAAUGUCAGUUCUUAAUGAAGAAGACCUUUUUAUCCUAGAUUAGCAUGCAUGUGAUGAGAAAUAUAAUUUCGAAAAAUAUUCAAGGACUUCUGUAAUAGAUACCCAAGAUCUCAUCAAUCCAAUACAAGUAGAAUUAAGUGUUACUGAUGCUUUAGCAAUCAAACUACACAAAGAAGUCUUUAAAAUGAACGGAUUCAAAGUAGAACCAAAAGAAUCUGAUGAUGAAAUGAAUAACUUAUUUCUAAUUAAAAGUUUACCACUUAUUAAGAAAGCCAAUUUCACUGUUGAUGAUUUUGAUAAAGAAUAGUCUUAUUAGGCUAAGGAGGGAAUGCUUCAUAAGGAAAUUAUGAGACCUUCUAAAAUUUACGCAAAUUUAGCUUCUAGAGCAUGUAGAACAAGCAUUAUGGUUGGAACUGAUUUAGAUUAGUAAACUAUGAAAAAAGUUGUUAAUAACCUAGCAACACUUGAAAGUCCUUGGAAUUGUCCUCAUGGAAGGCCAACAAUGAGAUUUUUGAAGAAACUAGAUUUGAAUUCAUAAAGCAGACUAAAGAGAUAACCCCCAAAUUUAUUAAGAAAUUGA